AUGGAUUUGAUCGAAGAUUCUGAUGGAAGAUUGGAUCAUAUGGAGAGAUCGGCCGUAGAGACGGAGAAGACGGUUAAGGUGAUCUACGAGGGAUGGAGGAAGUUGAAGGAGGCUAACGCAAAAUUAGACGAACGAGUCGGUGCUGUCGAGUCACGUUUGGGCUCCGUCGAGUUUCAGUUACAGAAGAUCACAGCUGCGAUCGACAGGAUCGGGUCCAAUACGACUUCGUCGAAACCUCACGGUAAAGACGUAGCAGGAUCUUCGGAACCUCAGGUACAUGACUCGGUAACUGAAUCGGAAAAUCUCUCGUUAGGAUAUCGGAGAUAUUUCAGAGCAGCGAAAUAUUCAGAACAAGAGAAACUUGAAUUGGUGGCUCUGAGUUUGACUGGGGAGGUAUUGAACUGGUAUCUAUGGGAAGCAGAGGAGGAGAUGUUCGAGAGCUGGUUCCACUUCAAAUGGCGGAUGUUGGAGAGAUUUGCGGAGUCGGUUGAUGAUGAACCUCACAAUCGUUUGUGUGCUUUGACGCAUACCGGUUCUGUACGUCAGUAUGUCAAGGAGUUUGAAGAGCUGAUAACUCAAGUUAAAGGAAUUGAUGAGCCUAGCAUGAUCAGAAAUUUUUACACUGGUUUGAAGCAGGAAAUGAAAGAGGUCAUCAAACUCAAAAAACCAAAAGGUUUACGUAACCACAUUGCUGCAGUGAUAAAGAUGGAGAGCAGCACUUUAUGUCAAGUCAUGGGUGAACAGUUACAAAUUAUGAUGCUCAUUGAUGACAUAGAAGUUGAAGUAUUGCAAGACGCAUACGCCGAAGAAGUGGAAACUAGUGAUACGCAGGAGCAGGAUGUGCAGGGACCACAACUGAUGGAAAUCUCUCUCAAUGCUUACCUUGGCAUUGACUCGCUUAUGACAACUAAACUGAGAGGGUUGUUAGCCGGAGUAAAAGCUGUGGUCUUGAUUGAUUGUGGAGCCACACACAACUUUGUUACUCCUCAGCUCGCACUGAAGGUGGGAUUAUCAGCACAUUCAAACUCGCAAAUGCAUUUAGUGUUGGUGGAUUUGGUUCUUGGGAUCCAAUGGUUGAGAACGUUAGGUAAAUUCGAGAUUGAUUGGAUCACUCAAGAAUGGAGGUUUUGGCACAGAGGAAGACGGGCAAUGUUGAGUGGUGAAUUAGAUCUUCACCAACUGCAACCAGCUUUACAAAGUCUCUCUGUGGACGAUGGGCAGUGGACGGUUCCUAGAGAUUCUUGGUUCAGCGUGUUGCAGAAAGAGAAACCAUUGUCUCCGGUGCUACCAGUUGAAGCUGAGAGAGUAUUACAGUUGUAUGAGCACAUUUUUGACAAGCCACAAGGCCUACCUCCUGUAAGGGGCAGAGAACAUGCGAUCACGUCGAAAGUAGGAACUACAGCUAUCAACGUACGACCGUAUCGUUACCCACAGGCUCAUCAGGAGGCCAUGUCUUCAAUGGUUGCUGAAAUGCUCGAAAAAAGGUUGAUACGUGUGAGUAUAAGCCCUUUCUCCAGCCCGGUUCUCUUAGUCAAGAAACAGGAUAAAUCAUGGCGUUUCUGUGUUGACUACAGAGCUUUAAACCACGCAACAAUAGAAGGUAAGUAUCCUAUUCCUAUGAUUGACCAGCUCCUGGAUCAACUUCACGGAGACAAGAUCUUUUCAAAGAUGGAUCUUACGGCAGGCUUUCAUCAAAUUUGUAUGGAGGAGAAGGACAUUCAUAAAACAUCAUUUCGAACCAAUGAUGGCCAUUACGAGUUCUUAGUAAUGCCAUUUGGGCUCACAAAUGCUCCUUCUACAAAGAAUGAGGAGGAUCAUGUGCAUCACUUGGAGGAAGUUUUGAAGGUGUUUGACAGACAUAAGCUUUUUGCGAACAAGAAGAAAUGCUUAUUUGCGCAGAAUCAAGUGGAGUACCUUGGGCAUGUUAUCUCAGCUGCAGGGGUAGCCACAGAUAAUGUGAAGACGGAAUCGAUGAGAGCUGCUCAGAUUGCUUUCGAUAACUUGAAACAAGCAAUGGUUUCUGCACCGGUAUUGGCUCUUCCAUAUUUUACUCAGACUUUUGUGGUGGAGUGUGAUGCGUAUGGGUUUGGUGUGGGCGCAGUACUGAUGCAGGGGGGUCGUCCUAUAGCUUACUUCAGUCAUGCGUUGUCAGCGAGGGAGCAGUUAAAACCGAUAUACGAACGCGAGUUGAUGGCAGUGGUUCUCGCAAUACGCAAAUGGAAACACUACCUUCUCGGUUGA